UUAGAGGCUGAAAACAGGAAAAAAAUAUAUUCUGAACUAAUGGACUGCAGACACAGUACAGGAGAUGACCAGAGACUGCGGACACAGUACAGGAGAUGACCAGAGACUGCGGACACAGUACAGGAGAUGACCAGAGACUGUGGACAGUACAGGAGAUGACUGCUGACCUUUGGGGAGGGGGGGAGCGGGUACCUGAAUUUGACAGGUACCCGCUCUUACUUCCGAGGAGUUGUUCUUUGACCUUACCUGUUCCUCUAUCCAGCCGCGUGCUGCCUUCCUGGCUUCUGUAGUGUGGGCGUUCGGCUUGACAGCCGGGUGCCCAGUGCGCAUGAGCGAGAAGUGCUGCGCUUUGUGAUUGGUCCGGCGGCUUCUGGGACCUGUCAU